GGGACACUUUGAGUUUCAGGAAGAGAGCAGCACCUGUCGGAGUGAGACUCACAGCAGAGUGAAGGACUGCACUGCUCCACGUCACAGGAAAACAUGCAGAGCCCUCAGUCUCCAAGCCUCGGCCGGGCGCUCUCUGAGGACCAGUUCAGCUGCUCCAUCUGUCUGGAGGUGUUCGUGGAGCCCGUCACCACGCCAUGCGGCCACAGCUUCUGCAAGGCCUGCCUGCUGGGCUACUGGACGCACAGCAAGAAGUUCACGUGCCCCAUGUGCAAGAAGAGCUACAGCAGACGACCCGAGAUGAGCGUCAACAGGGUCCUGGCCGAAAUCUCCUCCCAGUUCCAGGGGCUGAUGCUGGCCGGAGGAUCUGGAGGAGCUGGAGGAUCAGGGGGAUCUUCGCGGGGAUCCACCCUGAAUCUGAGCUCAGAUACGAGCCACGGCAGCCCCAGCAACACCGACAACGGGGAGUUUGCCCGGGCGGGGGAGGUUCCCUGCGACGCCUGCAUCGGGAGGAAGGUGAAGGCACUGAAGUCGUGUUUGAACUGUCCUGGAUCGUUCUGCGAAGUCCACCUCAGACAUCAUAAAAAGGUGAAGUCUCUGACGUCUCACCGUCUGAUCGAACCCACUUUCCACCUGGAGGAGAAGAUCUGCAAGAAACACGAGCGUCUCCUGGAGAUCUACUGCCGCAGCGACCACACCUGCAUCUGCACGGCCUGCGCAGAGGCCUCGCACAAAUCACACGACCUCGUCUCCGCUGAGCACGAGUGGAAGAAGAAGAUGAGUAAUCUGGGAAAGAAGAGGUCGGAGCUCAAACAUUUGAUCAAGGAGAGAACCAAGAAACUGGACGAAAUCAAACAAUCCAUCAAGGUCAUCAAGGCCAGCUCUCAGAAGGAGUUGGAGGAGAGCUGGCAGGUGUACGCUGAGCUGCAGCGCCUGGUGGAGCAGAGUCAGGCGGAGUUGGUGGAGCUGAUCGCUAAGAGGCAGCGCGAGGGCGAGCGCCACGCGCAGGAGCUGGCCCGAGGUCUGGAGAACGAGCUGAGCCAGCUGAGGAGCCGCAGCAACGAGCUGGAGGCGUACGCUCACACCCAGGACAAAGUGCUCUUCCUGCAGGUGGGUGACGCUAUCAGGUGACACGCGGCAGCCAUGUUGGUAAAGCUCGUU